AAUAAGUAGCGGUACGUAGGGCCGUGUUAGGAUGUUACAUACUUUAGCUGUACAGUUAUGCAAAUAAUUGAAUGCGUUGUUGUUGCAAUUUUAUGUUAUGGCGAAAAAAGUGACUCACGAAGUACGUUGAUUCAUGAAUAUUAAGUACAGCUAUUUAUCCGUGAUAAUGUGAAACAUAAUUAGUGUUGUGAUUUGGAGCGCUAUGUGUAGGAAGUAUAUAAUUCCCGUUGCUGUUCGCCGAUACAUAAUUCUCGAGCCUGAUAGCGAAUGACAGGACAGAUGCAUUCAGAGGUGUGAGUAAUCCUGAUGUUGAGUGAUCAUCGGCUUGCUAUUGGACUACUUGGAACUUGGACAACUACAACUUUUUAACAUUUUUUGGAUACAGUUGGAGUGUAUUUCUUAUGCUUAAAUUCAUGAAAACAUGUGAACCGUGUUCAGACAAGAAUCAAUGUUUAUUUAAAAAAAAUUGAAGUUAAUGUACUUGUCCUACAGUGACGGAAAAUAUUAAGGAAAUGAUGCAGCAGCUGUAUCAGACGCUACCCGAUGACAGACCUAUUACAAGUAUUCAGAUAGUUGAGGAUGCAGACAAGUGUCCUCCUGGUUUUACUGUUGUAUCAAGAACACAUGAUCAGGAUUCCGAUGCAGAUUUAUGGAGAGAAGCAAAGGUAUUUGGUCGCAAGGUUACUCGUUAUGUGUGUCACUCGAAGACAGAAGGCAUUGCUGAUUAUAUUGUCGAAUCUGUUCUCAUUAUCAACGAGAGAGAAGUCCCACCAGAUGGUUACUCUGUCUUGACAAGAACGGCUGAUACAGAUCAACGAGCUUGGAGAAAGCGGCAGCUGUGCUACAGGCUUGCUAAGCAGACACAAGCAAAAACGGCAGUCACUGAUAUUAUUGUGCUAAGCAGGCUGAAAAAAGCUCCAGAUGGGUUUUCACUGGCAGGGGAUAUAAAUGGAAUGACCGUUUGUUUUAAAAUGAGAUUCGGGCUUACUCAAGAAAUUAAUAAAGUGCCUACAGCUGAUCUUUUUCUAAGUUUAAAUGCCGGACAUGUCGUGCAAGCAGAUUUGAACUCGCACUCGGCAGGAUACCCAUUACUGCCUCAAAAGCCACUGACAAAUAAUGUACCAUAUCCAGUUGCACCUAAGCCAGCUUCUGGAGAGGAUUCUCCUCAUGAAUAUGAGAGACUGAUAAAUCUAAGGCCUUCCAGACCAGCUCCUAAACCUCCAGGUGGUACUAAUUCGGCAGGUACCAAUUAUGCAACUCUUUCUGCAUACCAAGGUUUGGAAGGUGUGCCUUUUGUACUGAAUCCAGGAUUUAACAACAUUUCAUUUAUACAGUCGAUUCCUAGCAUCAAAGCGAAGACCAGAUAUCAGCUGGAUCAGGAGUUUGAUUAUGACUUCAGAAUUGAGAGGCAAACAUAACUGCAUGAAGAACUUAGUUUUGAAGUGGUCAGUAUGUAUAUGAUGUAUCUGUUCCUUACAUAUCUAUCAAAUGCUGUGGAGCCACAAAGAACAAAUAUCGUAUGACACUAAGUUGAUCCUAAGACUGGUCUAUUUUAAAGUGUGCUAAUGGGACUUUUAUAGGUACUCCCUGCUGUGCACUUUGGAUUUCACUUGUGAGAAGAUUGACUGAACUUAUUGUAUAUUGGUAUAGGGCAUUAUAAUUGUGUAUUGUAAUUGCAUUUAAAUAAUCCAAGUAAGAUUGUUGCAUUACUGAUUUUUGGUUUUGAUUAUAAAGAUAACAGCGAAAAAUGUAUUUUUUUCAGAGGUGAUUUAAGAAUAAUGUUCAGUUUAUGUAGCUGAGCUCUACAUGUGCUAUAAAAGUAAUGAUGCCUCAGGUAUAUUUUAGAUUGAAUAGUGAAACAUGUUUUAUAAAAUAUAAUGGAAGUGUUGAAAUUUUAUAGUUGCUUCAUUGGAGUUGUUAAAGAGAGGUAGAAUAAAACAUAAAAACAAUAAUUUUGUAUUUUGACAAAUGGAUGACAAAUUAUGAAACAUAUGGUAUAUCAUGUCAUUUAAUGUCUACCUACUGAGCAUGUGAUUGUAUUGUGGAAUGAAGUAAUAUAUGUGUAUGUCUUCCUAGUACUAUCUAUAAUGGUUUGAUAGUUGUGACUCACGGGAAGCUUGUGGUGGUGUUUUCUGUCUGUUCGUGCCUUAGUAGUGAUUCUUCAAUCAUGUUCUGGGGAGACUGUGAAUCAAGACUUUAUGUGACAUUGUUUGAAUUAAUUUUGAUGUUUAAGUAUGUUUAUUGGUUACUGAAGAUCAUAUGAAUUUUUAGGCAUACAUAAAAUGCUGUUGUAUCAGCUGUUUGUAUGUGCUGUUUUUUCGUCACAUUUAUUUAUGUGGCUGAUGGGUUCUACAGCUUCCCGUGCAGCACAAAUAAUAUUACAGUUUUGAGUUUAUUAUGAUGCUACAACUAUUUUGAAUACAUAUCACAAUGUGGUGCAGAGCAGGAAGAAGUUUCUCUUUUAUAGUAAAUGAUGAUAUUGUAAUGUAUGCUGCUUGUAUCCCAUGUUGUGACCAACAAAUGCCAGAUGUCACCAAAGUAGGAAAACUGAGGCUGCAUUCUUAGUGCCUGAUCACAGUUUAUGCAUGCUGUUGCACAUGAAAGCUUAUUUAAUGACUUUUCAGUUGAACUGUCUUAAUAAGCUGUAUUGUAAUACUAGGCCCAAGGAAAUGGAAAAAAAACAGGAAGUAGAGCAAUCAGCACUUGAAAUGAAAUUGUUACAUCAUUUUGUUUAUUUAAUUAAGUUUUUAUUGUGAUAUUUAUUUAGUUAAGUCAGAAACUCUAUGCCAGCUCUUAAUACCCCUGGUAUGCUGUCCCACCAUUUACACUUUGCUCUAAGUGUAUUGUUAUAUUUUAACCCUCCCCCAUUCAUCUGUAAUAAACUUCAUAUGAGGUAUGAUUUGUUUGAAAAGAGAAGACUAACUCUUAAGUGUAAAAUACUCUCUCUCUCUCUCUCUCUCUCUUUCUCUCUCUCUCUCUUUCUCUCUCUCUCUCUCUCUCUCUCUCUCUCUCUCUCUCUCUCUCUCUGUGUGUGUGUGUGUGUGUGUGUGUGUGUGUGUGUGUGUGUGUGUGUGUGUGUGUGAGGAAGGAAGGAAGGAAGGAAGGGUGGGAGUUAUUUAUUUGUAUAUUUGUGCAUGUGGGAAGUGAGGGAUAGGUGCACAGGGCAGUCAUCAUUUGCUCAUUACUUCCACUAACUGUGUAGAGCCAUGUAUUAUGUAUAGGACCUCACUCACUUUUUUAUCUAAGAGUAUGCUGUGUGAUACUCUUGAUACUUCUCAUUAUAUCACUAAUGCCUCUCACAAAUUUGAGAAGCUGCCUAUUGUUUCUCUUACAUGUAUAUCAGCAUUGUUCCACAUUUUAUUUAUUUUUCUUUCCCCCCCCCCCCUCUCCCUUGCAGUGUAUUAAAAUUGUUGUAUAUAUUUCUGUACUUGAAAAAUGUUGAAAAAUUUUCAGUUUUUAAUGUAGCAUUAUAGGAUGUAACUGCUUCUAUAACUAUUUUCCAUAGAAGCAAACUCUAAGAAAACGGGAACAGUAAAAACUAUUGAUCUUGGAAGACCUUUUCCAUAAUGUUAUUCUCAAUUUCUCUUUUCUUGCCUUUUUUGUUUGUUUUUGGUCUGUCAUUUUUAAAUAUCUUACAUUGUGUUUAAGUAUUAAAAAAUGUGGACUGUAUUUUAACUUUUUCAUAUUGUCACACUUUAGUAUGGCCACUGAAGCUGAAUAUUGGUGCUUAUUAUUGAUGUGUUUCCUAGUCAGUUACUGCCUUGAAAUUGGAUUAUGUGCUUUACUUUAGUUUUUUUUACCAUUGUGUUUGCAACUUAUUAGAGCUCUCCAUGUAGACAUUCUGUUGUAUAUGUUACUGGAUAAUACCAUAUGUCAAUCGCAAUGGUAUGGCUGCAAACAGGAAAUAUAUCUCGGAUUUUAUGCAUGAUGUUUUGAGUAUAGAUUAGAAGUCUGCUCCGCAUCAUUGGGUUCAUCUUUGUUCCAGGUUAUCAUCUACAAAUAAUAUAGUAAUUGCACAGAAUAUGGUUUAUGAUUGCAGUAAUUUUUAUCAGAGAUAUGAAUUUUACUGGAAGGGGGAAUAGUCUGAUCAUCCUGAAACACAACUUUUAACUAUAAAUAAUACUACCAGUAAUUUUAUUUUGACAUUCCUGUGAUCACCUCUCCCCGACACCUGACUUGAUAGUCAUUAAUAUCUUCUCACUAAAAUUAUUUAUUUCACAUUCCGUGAUACUGCUGCUAUUACACUUAAAAUGAUUUGGCUUCACUAAAUCCAAGAGUCUUUCAAGCUCCUAUUAGACAAGUCUCUUAUUACCCAGUUCUGUUUCUCUUCAGUAUUGAAUCUUUCAUUGUAACUACUAUUACACAGUCAUGGUCUUAUAACUAAUUACUUCUUGUUCCACUUUCUCUCUGAGACACCAGAAAAGAAGUUUUAUUUAUUUGAUUUGAGGAUGUUAAUGACAUAAUAGUCCAGAACUAUGGAGAAGUAACCAUACCAUAUUAGGCAAUAUAAGUUGGUUCCAAAAUUCCCAUGUGACCAUGUUUAGUGAGUAAUUCCCACUCUUCAUUUUUAAAUUUUAUGUUUAUUAGUUUCAAAUGCUCAUAUUAUCUCUUAUUGACUUACAUUUUAUAGAAAAGUGUUUCUUCCCUUAGUCUUAUAUUCUAUUGUUGACAAAUUUGCACACAUGUUCAACACAUUAUACAUCAUCCUAUAGUUUCCACUUAUUGUAAACACGGAAUUUGCCUAAUUAUAGCGAGAUUUCUUCUUAUUCAUGAACCCAACAUUUCUUGUCACUGCCCAUCAUCCACAAAAUGAUAACCAAAUUGUUCCAGUAAUCUUGUGAUCUUUAGUGGCUAAAUCUCUCUCUCUCUCUCUCUCUCUCUCUCUCUCUCUCUCUCUCUAAAUGUCAACAUACUGGGUGGGCUCUGUAAUCACUAUGUUUCUUCUUCAACAUUUUUAAUUACUUAGAUUUCUUUCAGCAUUCUUGUACUUCAUAUUUUUCACCAGUAUGUAAUGAAUGACUUGUCCUUCUCUUCUUUUCUUCAAUCUAGUUCCAGUUUCUCUAGCAUUCUGACCACAUACCUAUGUGCUUAUAGCAUUCUUGGAACAACAACGAAAUCUAUAAGUUUUUUGGUGGUGGAUUUGAGGCUGUGAAAGCAAAGGUGGCACAAUCCCACAGCAUAUUGGUACUGAGAGUACAAUGUUGCUCAUAAGGAAGUUAAAUAAUUUUUAAGUGUGCGAUAAUUAAAAGAUUUAUAUAAAUUUCACUAUAUUUUGCAGUUUGAACAUUACUUUUGUCCAACACUUUUCAGUUUUAAACCUGAUAUACAUUAAAAAAUCUGACCUAUUUCGUAAUUGUAACAUACUGGCUUCAGUCAGUCUGAUGAGGUGGCCACAUUACUGUUGAGAUCAGACACGUGUGUGUGUCCAAUCUUCUCAAUUUCCGUUUUUCUUGUGCCGCCAUUUUUAAAAUUAAUUCUGAAGACAGAAAUAUGUAAUAAAAAAAAAAUUCAAUAACACGUUUUAGAAAUACAGAAAAACUUUCUUGCGAUAAAGUAAUUGGAUGUCAUUUUUAAAUCUCAGGGUAUUGUCUUUUGGAAUAUCAGUAAUGCAAUAUGUGGUAGGUUUAAUACAAUUUACAAUUUAGCUAUAUUGAGGAAAAUGGAAGUGAGUUAGUCUCUUCUCUAUCAUCACCUCUAAACAACAAUAUAAAUUUCAUUGGAGACCUGUGAACAGUUUUAAAUCUGUGAUGGAACUGAUGUUUACCUCACGAAGUUAUACGCCAUUUACUCUUUAUUCUUAGAAAAUAUGAAAAAUGUAGCACAAUGUAAAAACUUUUUCCCUUGUCAAAACAUGUAAUGGAGAACUGAUAAGUAACAACUGAAGCAGUUGGCGUGCACUCUGCUAGUGUGUGUUAGAAGCCAAAACUGCUAUUUGCACCUGGUCUCACAAGAGAAUGCAGAGCCAAGAAACCAAAGGGUCUGCUUUGGGGGGGAUCCAGUUUAUGACACUUUCCUAUGAUGGUAACCUCUUUUAGUCUUGACUGGCUAUGUUUUACAUAAUUGGAGAGAAAAUUCAUUUGAGUAAUUUAAAAUUACAAGGAGAGUGAGUGGCUGGUCAGAACUUAUCUUCAGGAGGUAAAAUUCCAGUAGUGCUGAUAUACACAAUAAAAGUAGGAAAAAUUCUGUUUCUAGAUUUCAGAACUAUUAAUUCAUUUGAUAGGGAAGAAAGAAGCAUAAGUUUGGAAGGUUCGGAAGGAGAGACAGGUCAGGCAGACCUCAAGAGUUUUUCUUUCUCCAGGUCACUUCAGUUUAAGCGACAAACCUGAGAAUUACAGAUGUUAUACAGAAAGUAAUAUAUGAGAACCAUAUUAACUGAAAUCUGUAUAUUAAACAACAUGCAGUGCCAAUAUUCAGAAACAUCAGUCGUAUAAAAACAGCACUUCUCAAAUCAUCUUCAAAUUGCAAUGCCAUAACAUGCUAAAAGAGGAUAUGAGGCAUGUACAAACAGCACAAACUCGAUAUGUAACCAUAUAUGUGUCGUGCCAACAUACAUAUUCAUAUUGGAAACAAAAUAUUACAAUGUAAUAAUUACAAAGUGCACAAAAAGAACUACUCUGAUAGCAUACAAAGUUAUCAACAAGUAAAAAUAGCUGAGGAAAGGGGAAGAGGAGAGGAACAGGAUAAAGAAAAUCUUUAUUUUAUUUACCAAGGUUAAAAGGGGUCUGGCAAUUUGUGUGUCCAAUAAAGUCAUUUUCUGUAAUAUUGAGAAAUUACAAAUUAAGAGAUCGAGCACCUGAGAAAAGAUGUGUGCAAAGUCAAUAAAUUGUCAAGAUGGUAUCCUAUAAUAUGUUAUCUAGAUUAGUGACUUUCAUGCUAUAAAAAUGUGUAAAUAAAUGUUUUCACUGCUUCCAUUUUAUACGGUUAUCGUUUUAUUAGCAGGCUUUUCUUAUUUCUUUAUUUAGUGCAAAUGUGCCACCACCUCUCUUACUACUCACAUGUCUUGAACCAUUCCAUCCAAUAUAUGAAAGUCCUAUUUUUUAAAUUAGUUUUGUGAAAACAUUUCAUGUUUCAUUGAAAAGAAAGUAUUACUGCACCUCAGAUCUUUUAGAGUGUCUCCUGUGUAACAUCUGUGUUAUCAUUAACUUGUAUUAGUCCAUAUAAAUAACAAGUGUACAAGUUGUGAUCCCUCAAUCUUUAAUACACAGAAAGUCAUUCUUUGAUGAAUUUCCACAGAAAAUAUUUAGGAGUAUGUGUUAUUAAUUUUAAACAGCAUACCCGUAUCUUUUACUGAUCUACCACAUUCCAGGAGCUGUUAUUUCAAUCUAUAAAGGUAUCACAGUUUUUCUCAAGAGAGAUCUUUGUUUUUGGUUUCCUUUGGUACUAGCAUAUCACAGUUACUAGUACUUAGCAAAACUCUGGCACCAUUUUCAUCAAUAUUCUAACCAAUUACUGCCCAUGUCAUAGUCCUAAAUAUAACAUUCUGAGCAGGAAUAGUGUUCAGUGUUGUCUUCCAGUUCAAAUUCAACAAAAUAAUGACAAUAAUACUUUCCCCUAAUACUAUUUAUUUGCAAUAAUUACAUUAUUGCUAAGAAAGUAAAAUACUUAUAAAAUAUUCAUCAUAAGAGUCUCAGACUGAGACUGUUAUAAUAAAUAUUUCAAAAAUUUGAACAGUUGUCGAAUCUCUCAUAAAAGUAUGUCACCUGUAUUAAAAUAAAAUACAAUUUCCCACACAGUAGUUUCUGUAACACAGGGAUCCAGCUCCAUAAUCAUUUUUACUAGUAAUGUAUUACUCAAGAAUAUACACCAAAAUCACACUCAAGUGUGAAAUGACUUGGGGAAGUACAAGAUGUUGGAAAAUUAAAGCUGAGUAAUAUGAUUAUUGAGCAGGAAAGUGUUUCAGUUCCUGCCUCUAUCUCACCAUCAGUAUGAAUGACUAUGACACUGCUGCAUGUUUAGAAAUAUGUUGUCAAGUGUUUUCAAUACGUGUAAUUCAACCAAAUUGUGUGUUAGACCACUGUAGCUUUCAUAGUCUCAUUCUUCCAUCCCUUCUUUCAAAAACCCUCUACUUUCUUUAAUGCACCAUCUGAAUGUGGCUAACCAUUGGUAGUCUGUAUUUAACAAUUUUUGUGCUUUUGUUGAUAGUUCAGCUUUUCAUCAGUUUUAUGCCCUUUUUUAGAAGCUAUUGCUUUUCUUGUUCCUUCUGUACAGUUCAUCUGUGCUGUUGAGAAAUUAUUGUAGUAAGCACAAUGCUAUUUGUCAAUUCAAGUUCAUUGUAACUUGUUACCUUAGGAAUGAAUUAUCAUCCAAUAAGAAGAAGACUAGUAAUAACUCUCAAAACUGCUUGUCAAGCUUGCAGCAGUGUGCGUGUGUGGGUGUGUGCGUGUGCGGGUGUGGGUGUGUGCGUGUGUGCGUGCGGGCACACACAUUUUUGUUAGACAAUUUGAAACUUCUGAUGAUAAUUGUGAUUCAAUUUUUAGAGGAUGGAAGUUUCCAAUGUUCCUGAUGGUAUCAUGUGAGCUGUCAGUGGAGGUGUUCCUAUUUUCUGAAAGUCAUCAAUGCAACACAUCACUGCCAUGUUAGGCAUUAACUGCAGUCACUUUGCUAAAGACAUGAAACUGUAAUUUAAUAAAUAUUUACUAGUACCAUGCAAAAUUGUGUAAUUUUUCCAAGAGUCUGGAUUAUCAGUGCAGUACCAGUUUAAUAACCAGGGUUAGGAAUUAUAGGUGCAAAUUUCAGCUGGGAAAUGGUGCCAAACUAGGUAAUAAAAAGAGACAAAAAGUUGAUGAUUGACUCAAAGAAUUCAAGAAAUUCUCUUUCUUCUUUUGUACUUUAUUGAGUUACAAACAAGUACAUCAAAUCAUGACUCUUCAGAACAAUGAAAAAACGUGGACCUAUUGUACUGUGAGACAUAAAGCAUCUCUUCAUUUUUAAAAACAA